GAGUUAGCUGUUACACAAACACAGCACCUGACCGAACCAUUGUGUUGCCUUCAAGGAGAUGUCGCAAAGUCGAGAAAGUCUCUCUCUUAAAAACACCACCUUUUCAACUGAUGGAGAUGGCUCAGAUCCUACAGUCAGCCUGGGGAAUCUGCCCGAGGACCAGGCGGAGGCCCGCAUCCAGCAGGCGAUGCGAUACAAGGCGGAGGGCAACGAGUACUACAACCAGAGGAGGCUGCGGGAGGCUAUCAGUCGCUACCACUGGGCCCUGAUGCAGCUCAGGGGCUUGGACCCCAGCGAACCCACCCCCCUGUACGCCUUCGGCGAUGAGAAGGUCAAACUCAGCCCUGAGCAGACGGCGCUGCUGCGCGACACUGAGUGUGACUGCUACAACAACUUGGCAGCCUGCCUGCUACAGUCCGAGAAGGUGAACUACAACAGGGUGAGGGACUACUGCCUGAAGGUAUUAGACAGGCAGGCGGAUAAUGCCAAGGCUCUGUACCGGGCUGGAGUGGCUCUGUACUACAUCAGAGAUUACGACCGGGCCCUGCACUACCUCUCAGAAGCGGCGAAGCUGUCUCCAAACGGUAAGGGGGCAGCAGCGGUGGCUCGCUCAGUCCGGUCAUUGUGUCCGUCACCAUAGGGGCACGGCUUUGAG